AAUCAUUUUUCAUUCAUCAUAAGAAGAGAUAGGAUGAAGAAUAAAAUUUUCUUUUUCUUUAGGUUGCUCUCUCUCUCUCUCUUUAUAUUUAUUUAGUUUUAUUAAUUAUUAUUAUUCUAGCAUCUCAACGCUUCUUUUUGGUUGUAAUGCUUUUUUCUUUUGGAAACAUAACGCAUUAAAGAUGCCUCAUCAUCGGCAUCAUCACCAUCGCCAUCAUCAUCACCAUAAUAAACCAGUGAAAAGCGAGCAUACCAACAAAGACCUCUGUCAACAAUUGAUUGCGUGUAAUUUACCAAUUGUCAACUACGAACUUUCACUUGCUUUUGGGAUGGAAGACAAAGGUGGAAGAGUUUGCAAGGCAAAUAUUAAAACUCAAUCAAUGUGCUAUAAGAAGAGGUUAAUGAUGUUAAAGGAAGAUAAAAAGGCUUUAUGUAACUGUAAUCCAUUCAUUAUUCAUAAUGCUAUUGCAUUCAAUACUGAAGAGAAAAUUCAAGAACUUUGUUACAAAAAUGUCGAGUGUUCACCGCAUGGUAAACUUCUAGAAAAGCUUUUGACACCGAAAGAAUUGUAUUCAAAUAUACUUUCCACUAAAAAAAAUUGCAAAAAUUAUAUCAAGAUUUUAAGAUCUACAGUUGAGAAGGCUUUCAAAAAUUCAUCAACAGUCGAUUGCGGAAAGUAUACUAAAGGUUUAAUUGAGAGAAAAAACUUUGAUACUGCCAUUAAUAUUUUUGAAUCGAGUUGUAAUGGUUGCCCUUUUACUGAUAUAAGCGAAAGAUGUUUUAAACGAUUUAGAACCGGACGACUAGAUUCUUGCUCGUAA